AUGGGCGCGCUGCGCCCCUCACCAGCGGCUCACCACACCAAGCCGACCCCGUUCGUGUUUAAGGACCUGGCAACAUGCUCGCAUGCCUUCCUCCACGACGACACCAUGCCCCCAAUGUCGACUGUGGUGACCCUACCAGACGGAACAGCAAAGUUUUCUGGAAUGUCCGGCUUCAUGUUUGAUCUCGUCUCCGAGUCCAUGGGUUUCAAGUACGUGGUAAAGCUACCACCUGACUACAGCUGGGGUGCUCGGGACGCUCACGGUCGUUGGGCCGGGCAGUUUGGCAUGGUGGUCCGCAAUGAAAGCGACAUGUUGGUAGGGCCCGUGGCGCCCACGGAGGACAGGGCCUCGGCACUGGAGCCGCUGCCGCAGUUCUACUACAGUGAAGCUGGGCACUGUGGAGGGCUCACCAACCCUUACGUCACCAACGUAUUUGGAUACGUCAAUUCUUUUGACGUCGAUGUAUGGAUCGGGCUGUUCUCAUCCAUGCUCAUCGUGGGCUUCGUGGUGGCACUGAUCGACGCGAAGUUCCAGCGCUCUCGCCUGGCAGUCGCCUACUACUUCGCAUUCCUGAGCCUGUUCAGCAUCUUCCUCAUGGAAGCGUCUCCCCGGGUGACACGUGGCUCCGCCAAGCGGUGGCUGUACGGCACCUGGUGGCUUGCCGUGUUUGUGAUGGCCACGGGCUUCACGGGACACAUGAAAGCCAGCCUCACUAUGAAAGACCCACGCGAACGUUUCGACACUCUGCAGGACAUCAUGCGAAGCAAGGAUGUGGUGCCGGUCAUCAUACGGGGCACCACCUACGAAGAACGCUUCCGGAACUCAAUCGACGUCUACCAACGACAAGUGUGGGCCAAGGCACGCCGCAUGGGUGGCAUCAUUCCCGCCAAGGAAGUAUUCUCGAGGGAAACGUUCGACGAUGUGCUCAGUGCAAAAAAGGUAGUGUUCCUGGACAUUACCUUGCUGUAUCACGCCUUGGUGAGACUGUACGACCAACCUCCGCAAGGAGAAUUCUACAUGGCCCGGGAGAUCUCCAUGAACUUGACUAUGGGCAUGUGGGUCAACAGAGGCCUUCCCGUCAGUCUGCGCAAGACACUGCACCAACGCACCCGGUGGAUCAUCGAGUCCGGGCUUCCCGAGCGGCACCGGCUCAGCAUCAUCCAGCGAGCCCAGCAGAAGAGCGAGACCGGGGUGCAGAGGACGCAGUCCUUCACCUUCCACACCAUCCGCGUGGAGGACGUGAGCGGCCUGUUCUUCCUCAUGGUCGGCUGCUUCUCCAUCUGCCUUCCAGCGGCACUUCUCGAGCACGUGGCAUUCGCCCUCGGCAGAUUGUUCUGUCUUAACUAUCACAACAACAUGGCCAAAGGCGAUGAGCGCAACGCGUACAAUGAGCGCCUCAUUGAUGUAAUAGAAGGGGGCGUCCGCUAUGGGAUCUACGCGACUGAAAUUACAAGUCCCGUGCCGUCACUGACGCGGCUUGGCGGCACGUUGCAACAGUGA